UUUCCCAGAGUUCCGUUCGACCGGAUAUCAAAAGUACAUGCGCACCUGUAAAGGCGAUUUCUGCAAUAAGUGUAAUUCGCCUGACAAUAUUGUUGAACUAAAAUUAGAAGUUAAAUAAUAGACUGUUGAAUGAUUAUUUAAACCAAAGCCAGUGAACGGAAAGUAUGGGGAAACCAAAGAAAGGCAAGAAGGGACAAGCCGAUGAUGACUUUAGUGAUGAGGAAGUUGUCAUCGACCCACUGGCAGAUAUGGAACAUAAAGAAACAAACCCUCACCUCAGUUGCCAAGGCAACAAAGAAAGGAAGGAAAAACAGGAAGAGAGAUGAUGAUUUUGAAGACGACGUGGCAUCUGAAAUAGCUGCUCUGUCCCUUGAUAUGAAGUUGGAAGAGAAUGGUGAAGAUGUCAAACCAGCUAAGAAGAAGGACAAGAAGAAGAAGAAGAAGGCUGUGUCCAGUGAUGAAGAAGAGGAAGACGAUGCUGAAGAGGUUGUGGUGAAAUCAAAGGGGAAGAAGCCUAUGGCCUCAUUUCAGAUGCUGAUGAUGGACGAUGAUGAGGAGAAUGAGGCAAAAAGUGACGAUGAACCAACUGAAGAAGCAAAAACUGAUAGUGUUGUCCUUGAAUCUGUCACGGAAAGUACAGCCAAAUCUAAAAAAGACAAGAAGACCAAGAAGAAAGAGAAAGCCAAAACUGCAGAAGAAGAAGAUAUUGAUGCAAUUUUAGCAGCUCUUGAAAAACCUGCAGAGAAGAAGAAAGGAAAGAAGGGGAAGAAAGCAGAAGAAGAUAGUGUUGCCAUGGAAACAGAUCAGAAUGAGGCUGGUCCUUCAGCGACUGAAGGCCAAGUUGUAACAAUGGAUGAUUUGGAAGCUGAAUAUGAAGACAAGAAGAAGAAAAAGAAGAAGAAGAAGAAGAAGGCAGAAGAUGAUGAAGGUGAGAAGGUGGAGGAAAAGGAUGAGGAGGAGGAUGAAGAGGAAGGGAGCACUGUCAAGUCAGCAGCACAGAAGAAGAAGGAGAAGAAGGAACGUGAACGGCUGAAGAAGUUACAGAAGAAGAAGUCUGCCUCAAAGGAUGGAGAGAAGGAAGGGCAGAAGGAAGGAGAAGCAGAGGGUGAGAAGACAGAAGAAGGAACAGAGCCAGCUGGUGAGCUAUUACCAGGUGAUGAUGCAGGAGAGGACCAGAAAGAAGAAGGAGAAGAAGGGACAAAAAAGAAGAAGAAAAAGAAAAAAGGAGAGAAAGAGAAGGAAGAAAAAACCAAGCCAAGCAAGAAGGUGGCUGCCAUCAAAGCCCAUCUGAAAAUGAUUCAAGAAGAACAGGAGAAGUUGAGGCAAGAAGAAGAGGAGAGAAUCAGGUUGGAGGAAGAGGCGGAGAAGGCGCACGAGGAACAGCUGCGGCUGGAGAAGGAGAGAAGGGAGAAGAAGAAGCAGAAAGAGAAGGAGAAGAAGGACCGACUGAAGGCAGAGGGCAAGCUGCUCAAUGCCAAGCAGAAGCGGGACCAGCAGAAGAUCAACCAGAUGUUGACAGCUAUGAGAGAACAAGGUCUUGAUAUUCCUGAUAAAGACGCCACUCAAAAGAAGCGUCCGUUUUAUGGGGACAAACGGAAGAGGAAGGAUCACCAGAAGACGGAGACGGAGCAGACACCUUCACCGUGUGAGGAAAAGACCCCGGUGAUCGAGAACGUCCCUGAGAAGGCAGCUGUGGAGGAGACGGGGAAGGAGACGGGGAAGGAGAAACCGGCUGCUCAGGUGAAGGAUUCCUGGGAGGAGGACGAUGUGAAGGAUACGUGGGACGUGUCUGAUGAGGAACCGGAGCCAGAGAAGACGACACAGGAACCCAAGACAGAAUCAGCAAAACCAUCAACGUCAGCUAAAGAUGAAUCGGAGGAGGAAGAUGGUGAGGAUGAAUCGGAGGAGGAGAGUGAUGAGGAGAGUGAUGAAGACAGCGAUGAAGAGACGGACAGCAGUGAAGAAUCAUCUGAUGAAGACCUGACUCCCACAGAGAGGGGGAGGGAUAAGGUUGAGAAAUGGGCUCGAGAAUGUGAAAAGAGGAGAUCCACUAAUGUUCUUCGAGCUCCUGUUGUUUGUGUGCUGGGUCACGUUGACACAGGCAAGACGAAGAUCCUGGACAAGCUGAGGCGGACACACGUGCAGGACGGGGAAGCUGGCGGAAUCACGCAGCAGAUCGGAGCCACCAAUGUGCCGGUGGAAGCUAUCAUGGAACAAACAAAGAUGUGUAAAGAGUUUCAGAAGCAGCCACUCAAGGUGCCAGGUCUCCUCAUCAUUGACACUCCCGGCCACGAGUCUUUCAGCAACCUGCGAUCCCGUGGCUCCUCUCUAUGUGAUAUUGCCAUCCUUGUCGUCGACAUCAUGCAUGGCCUAGAACCUCAGACUAUAGAAUCCAUCAACCUUCUCAAGGACAAGGAUACACCGUUUAUAAUUGCCUUAAAUAAGAUUGACCGCCUGUACCAGUGGAAGGCUGCCCCCGGCAGCGAUGUCCAGAAUGUGCUGAAGAAACUGACAGCCCACACACGCAGCGAGUUUGAUGAGAGGAUGAACCAAGUGAUAGUGCAGAUGGCUGAACAGGGUUUGAACGCGACAUUAUUCUUCGACAACAAAGAUCCAUCAGAAUACAUCUCCAUGGUGCCAACUUCUGCCCACAGCGGUGACGGCAUGGGCAACCUCAUCGCCCUCAUCUGUGAGAUGUCGCAGACGGUGUUGGCAGAGAGAGUGGCGUACAGUGAAGCCCUACAUGCGACUGUGAUGGAGGUGAAGGCGCUGCCAGGUCUGGGCACAACAAUCGAUGUCAUUCUGGUUGAUGGCAAGAUUCACGAGGGAGCCACUGUUGUCUUGGCAGGAACUGAUGGACCAAUUGUAACACAGAUACGAGGUCUACUUAUGCCACAGCCUAUGAAAGAACUCCGUGUCAAGAACCAGUACGAGCAUCACAAAGAGGUGAAGGCAGCCCAGGGUGUGAAGAUCAUUGCCAAAGAUCUGGAGAAGGCGCUGGCCGGACUUCCCUUGUACGUGGCCCGCGACAAGGACGAGGAGGACUAUUACAAGAGUGAAGUAUCCAAAGCCCUCAAAGCUGUGCUGGAGUCCAUCAAGCUGUCCGAGAGAGGAGUGUUUGUCCAGGCCUCCACCCUCGGCUCGCUCGAAGCCCUGCUAGAAUUCCUCAGAACUUCCAAAAUCCCUUAUGCUGGUAUUAACAUUGGUCCCGUCCACAAGAAGGAUAUCAUGAAAGCUUCCAUUAUGUUAGAGCACGACAGUCAGUAUGCUGUGAUAUUAGCCUUUGAUGUGAAAGUUGAACGUGAAGCCCAAGAUAUGGCAGACAAUCUAGGUGUGAAGAUAUUCAUGGCGGACAUCAUCUAUCACCUGUUUGAUAGAUUCAUGGAAUACAGAGCGGAGCUGAAGAGGAAAAAACAAGAGGAGUUUAAACAUAUAGCAGUGUUUCCUUGUAAACUGCGUGUUUUGCCUCAGUUCAUAUUUAACUCGCGGGACCCCAUUGUGUUGGGAGUAUCAAUAGAGAAUGGUUUCAUUAAGGAAGGGACGCCAGUUUGUGUGCCGUCAAAGGAGUUUGUGGACCUGGGGCGCAUCACAUCAAUUGAGAACAAUCACAAGAAUGUGGACAUGGCAAGGCAGGGGCAGGAAGUGUGCAUCAAGAUAGAGUCCCUCCCAGGGGACACACCCAAGAUGUACGGCCGACACUUUGACCACACAGACAUCCUGGUCAGCAAGAUUUCUCGGGAAUCCAUAGACGCAGUGAAGGACUACUUCCGUGAGGAAAUGCAGAAACAGGAUUGGAUGCUGAUUAUGGAACUCAAAAAACAGUUUGCAAUUAUUUGAAUAAGAUCAACGCUUGUUGUCAUGGUCAUCUGGAUUCAGACUGUUCAUAAUCAUAUCUGUUUCUGAUGUCACUGAUAAUAAUCUUGGAGCCACAGACAUCCGGUUCAUUUCAUAAUUGCAAAUGGCAAUCAGCCUUUGUACAUAGUCUGUGCUUGAGAUUCAAAAACAUUAAUAUUCCCUGAAACCUAUUACAUUGAACUAAGUAAAAUCUUUAGUUGAUCAUCAACUUUGAGCAAGAACUUAAUGACUGCAUGAACCAUUGUACAUUUCUUUCACAUAACUGGUCAGUUCUGUACAUAAGUGCCAACUCUGAGGUACCAGUGAUGGGUAUUCAUGAGGAUAGUCAACCUCCUUCAGUCUGCAAGAGAUUCCACUGUCCAUCAUCUGAGAUUUCUUACAUAAUUCAAGCUCCCAAAUUCUUUCUACAGUAGUUUAAUGAUUGUGGGAUGGUGGGAUAGCCUAGUGGUUAAGGCGUUGUUCAUGCCAAACACCUGGGUUUGAUUCCCUACAUGGGUAAAAUGUGUGAAGCCCAUUUCUGGUGUCCCUGCGGUGAUAUUGCUGGAAUAUUGCUUAAAGUGGCGUAAGACCAAACUCACCCUCACACAAUUAUUGUAACUGCAUGAUUGCAAUUUGUUGUAAGUAAUUCUUAUUGUAACAUCAUUGAAAGUAUGUGGAUCACAUUUAGAAGAAGGUGAUAAAACUGUACCACACUGGUCAUCAUCAACUAUAUUCCAUGAAGACUGCAAGCAUUAUACACAAUGUAAUUCGUAAAUAAUGUUUUUAUGGGUGUAUGCUGGGACUACAGGUGAAGUAUGUAUUUAAAACUGAGGAAAUAAUUGUCAUUUUGGAGGCUACCUUGGUAACAGUAUAUUUCCUGUAUAUUGUAUUUGUUUUUUGCAAUAUGUUUUCAAUAUUUUUCUGUUUUGUGGACUUACCUGUUUGAGGUCUUGUGUUUGUGUCCCAUCACAGCUUGACGAGGAGGACUUCAUUGUAAUGUAUCAUUAUAAUACCAUCAACUUCAUUUGUGUGCAAGGAAUGAAAACUCAGAGUAGAAUUGGUCUUCAGCAACCCAUGCUUGACACAAAAGGCGACUAUGCUUGUCGUAAGAGGCGACUAACGGGAUCUGGUGGUCAGGCUCGCUGACUUGGUUGACAC